AUGACUCACGGUCAAGUGCAUCGCAAUGUUUUCCUGAUGCCACGUAUACCGCGAGCUUUUGUGCUGGUGCUGGCCUGCGCGGCCUUCGCGGCAAUUAAAGCGCUCGCUACAGAAGACUUGCAGGAGCUAGAAUUAGAGGAUCACAGUCACCAUGGCCACGAGCUGGAAAGCGAUGGUCUCAUGGUGCGCUGUCGUGCGUGCGGCGCUCUUGUGGCCAUGAAGAAGGACUACAUCGCCUUGCACGACACCUCGAAAGCCGUCGAUAGCCGACACGAUGCUGUGCUCGGAGACAACGCCGAUGUCUAUACCUUCGUGAACUCACAAAGGACUGAAUUUGAGCUGGUAGGCUUUAAAAAGGCUGUUGGGCUUGAGGGUGAGACAUACUCCAAGAAGUCGACAUUUUUCGACGACUACAGCUGGCGGGACCUUCGCUGCAAGAAUUGCAAGAAGCAUGUGGGUUGGGUGUUUUAUCAUGAUGAGUUUCGGCAGUGCCUUGAGUCGCGAGAAUGGGAGGACCAUCGUGCUGUCAAAUCUACGGAGGAAUUGUCAUCUACUUCCAUGGCGCUGGAAAAUCAGGGUGAGAUUGUGCAUGAAGAGCUAGAAGGCCGCUGUGUUCUUGCAACAUUUGGUUGGUGGACGUACGAGAUCUGCUACAAAAAAGAAGUUCGCCAAUUUCACCAAGAACCGGACGGAUCCCGUCCGAGUGACUGGAGCAUGGGGAAGUACUCACAGAAUUCACAAGACAUGGCUGACAAGGAGGUACUCCAGUACUAUUCAGGAGGUCAACACUGCGAUGAAAAUGGUGAAAUGCGCAGUACUAUUGUCUUGUAUUCAUGUUGCGAUGCACGUCCAAAAGAAAUCACAAUAGAAAAGGUUGAUGAACCUGCGCUGUGCAUGUAUCUCAUCAACGUGUGCGUUCCGCGUUUGUGUACAGUUGACACAGACGUCAAGCAAGACGGAGCAAGUGCUGGGUCGUGCCAAGAACAGUUCGAUGCUUCCCACACAAACGAGGCGCUGCCAUCGAAAUUUGCAGCAUUACGCUGGUCGUCGGUGAUUUCGGAAGACAGCAGCGAGCUUGACUGGGCUCGACGUAUGCAGAUAGCAAUAUGA